CAUCACAUCCAGCCGACCUGCUGCAGCGCGUGCAUACGAUGCUGGACACCUCCAAGGACGCACAUGCGUCUGCGCUUUACGCACAGCAGCUCAUUGAGUGCUUUUUGCGCACAUACGCAGUGAAAUAAAGCAGAUUGGAUCUCGAUGAUUUGUGAACGGCAGAUUGUUGGUGUUUAGCAGCGGGAUCGCAGCCGAGAGAGGAUUUGUUCUUUCAUGGGAUUGGAAAUGGAGCGUGCGUAAAGCCGUGUGCGUCUCGGAGAGGAUCUGUCACCCACCCACCUGUUGCCAGGUGGUCUUGGCGUUUACUCCUGGACGUCUACUAUGACAUUAGGUUUGGAAGGUACUGCCAUGGAGGAUAUUGUUAUCGACGUGGUGGGGGAAGGACUGCGGGACAGCGGAGAGGAGCAGCUCUCCCUCUCAGAGGAAUCUCGGAGCGAGCAGGAGCGCAGCGCGGAGACGUCCAAUAGCCAGGCGGAAGAUCCUGCGUGUCCGUCUCCUGCUAAAACCAAACCCCCCGCGACCGUGAAGCCUCCAUACUCAUACAUCGCUCUGAUAACCAUGGCUAUAUUGCAAAGCCCCAAGAAGCGGCUCACCCUCAGUGAGAUAUGUGACUUCAUCAGCCACCGCUUCGUUUAUUACCGAGAAAAGUUCCCAGCCUGGCAGAACUCCAUCAGACACAAUCUGUCGUUGAACGACUGCUUUGUAAAGAUGCCCAGGGAGCCCGGGAACCCGGGCAAAGGGAACUACUGGACGCUGGAUCCCAACUCAUCCGAUAUGUUUGAGAACGGGAGCUUCCUGCGGCGGAGGAAACGCUUUAAGCGGCAGCAUUUUCGCUUCGACCCGCUGAAGGAGCAGCACUUGGAGCCGAGCGGGAUCCGCUGCUUUACGCACGGCGCAUACGGCCUCGGUGCGGCCACUCUGCAGCUCCCAGCUCUGGAGAUCUACCCCUUCCUCCACCACCAUCAUACUCCCUCUCCGUGCGGUGCGCCCACAAUCCCACCUGUCAGCAGCAUUCUGCCGGCUCUGUCCACCUUCUUUUCCCGCAGCGCCCUCACAGCCAAGGCCUUCCUGCAGUCUCAGCCGGGACUGGACGCAUACUCCCCGGCCCAGUGCGCCGCAUAUUCCCCUCCUCUGACCUCCAGCGCUCCCUACGCGCCCCCCGGCCUCUUCCACCCUGCAGCCUCCUCUCAGCUCCUCGGUUUGCACCAGCAGUACCAGAAACUACAGACUCAGCGCAGCAGCGGAGAGCUAAUCAAACACAUCAACUCUAAUAACGAAUAAUCCAAUAAGCAGAACUUGAACAUUCGUUUCUCAGGUAACAGAGACUUUUAAAGAAAAGCAUCACAUUUACUGCAGCGGGAAAUGGAUGAAACGAAAAACUCCUGCAGAGUUUUUGUUAUUUGAUAAGGACUUCUCAUCCUUUUAUUAUUUAAAUUGAAAAUUUCCUACUUUUUUUCUCUGGAAAAAUAAAGUUGAAGAUUUAAACCUC